UUGAACUGAAUCUUGAUGGUAGAUAAACAUUUGGGUGGAAUUUUAGUAAUUGAGAUGCAAGUUUAACUGCCUAAGAGAGUGAUUAAACAAAACAUUGACUCAGGGGGGAUGGACACAAAUGAACGCCGCGGUUUUAGAUUUUUACUAGAUUUUUAUUUCUAAAGCUAAAUAAUGAACUCGGUCUCUUUUUCCUUCCACUUCAUAAAGUAUAAAAUACAACAAUAUGAUACAAUAAAAAGGCUUCAUUGAUUGGGAUAUCUGUGAUGUGGGCUUCUUUUAAAAAAGAAACUUCACAGAUGCACUUUUGCAAAGCGUAAACACUGCAAAAGUUUCCCUGCUCACCAGAUGGUGAGCUGCCUGCUGCGAGACAUCCCGCCCCGAUGUGAUGUCAAACACUUCAGGGGUGUCAGAGACCUGAGCUCCACGUUUCCCCUUAAGCAGCCAGUCAGAGCUGUCUGGGAAGCUGAACACAUCUGACUGAUCUGGACAAGACAAGGUUUUUCAACAAUGACGGAUAUGGCGACUGCUUUUUACUAUUACAGCAAUGACACAGAAUACAAUUACUCCUUGUACGAUGAUUACGAAUACAAGGAUGAUCAUAGCUACAAAGAUGAGCCCACUAAGCUGAGGCAGUCCCUCAACAUCAUGUCCCUCAUCGUCUACUCUCUGGCCUUCGUGCUGGGCGUGCUCGGGAAUGGAGUGGUUAUCUGGGUGACCGGCUUCAAGAUGAAGAAAACGGUCAACACAGUUUGGUUCCUUAACCUGGCCAUGGCUGACUUCCUCUUCACAGCAUUCCUGCCUCUGAGCGUGACGUACACAGCCAUGGACUUUCACUGGCCGUUUGGCAAGUUCAUGUGCAAGCUGAACACCACCAUCAGCUUUCUGAACCUGUUUGCCAGCGUCUACAUUCUGGUGGUGAUCAGCGUGGACAGAUGCGUGUCUGUUGUGUGGCCCGUCUGGGCUCAGAACCACAGGAACACACGGAAAGCCUCCUGCAUCAGUCUGUGCGUCUGGGCGUUGGCUUUAAUCCUCAGCACUCCAUAUUUUGUCUUCAGGGACACGAGGCCAUCGUAUGAGGAUAAGAAGAUCAUCAACUGCUUCAACAACUUUGGUCUGUCUGACGACAGUAAAAGUCAAUCUAUGGCUGCGCUGCACCUUUUCCGCCACAAGGCCAUGACCAUUACACGCUUUCUCCUAGGCUUCGUCAUCCCCUUCACCAUCAUCGUCUCCUGCUACGCCAUCAUAAUCCACCACCUCAGACGAAACCGCACGCUGGCCAGCCAGUCAAGUCGUCCUUUCAAGAUAAUUGCUGCCAUCAUCGUCACGUUUUUCCUGUGCUGGGCUCCCUAUCACAUUCUGGGCCUGAUUGAGAUGGUGAGCCACAUGAGAAAUCACUCAAGCUUGACGAUGAGCCACAUCCUCAUAAUCGGAAGCCCGAUCGCCACGAGCCUGGCCUUUCUCAACAGCUGCCUGAACCCACUGCUGUACGUGUUCAUGGGUCAGGACUUCAAGGAUAAAGUCCGCAAAUCCAUCCUGAAGGUGCUGGAGAACGCCUUCCAGGAGGAGGUGUCCCGCUCUUACACCUACACAAACUCAAUGGUCACUAUUCAAAGCAAAGACAAGUCGGUCUCUGACGUUGAUGUGUGAGGCUUUCACAAAAACUUUACCUGUACAAUGUAAAUGCUACUGUACAGUAUAUCGAAUAGCUUUUUAUUACCCAACCAUUUCUUCUUCUUUGCUUUUAAUAUUGUUUUACAACGUCUCAGAAUGUAAUCUCCACUCCUUGUGUAGUUUAAUUUUAUGUUACAAACGUCAUCAAACUUCAUGCAAUUUCCUACUGUGAAAGAUGUCGGGCCAUAAAAUCUGAAAAAAAGAACCAAAUGUAUGCAACAUUUUGCUCAACCAAAGAAAAACAGCAAGUUUUUUUUACCAGCUUCCUCUUCUUUUUGGAAUUGAAGAACAGAAACUUGGUACUUAGCACAUGAUACUGCCUAUAAUGGUCAAGUGUGGGUCCACAUCACCUGUAAACUAGAACAAAGUGUGCAGUUACAUUCAGUUUUUACCACAGUUCAGGUCAGCAAAGUAAUAUUAACACUUUACCUGAAUCGUAUUUUUCUCUUAAAGAGUAAAUUUCAGCCGCCAUUCAUGUUACAUCAUCCCUAGUCUCUUAGACACAAAUUCAGCUAACUGGUGGUGUAAAACCUACUACAUGUUGCAGUAAAUACUUCAUCACCUUUUCUAAAACACAUUAAAAAUAUAUAAUGCUGUUUGGUGGACGCUUAAAUUUCCAGAUUUUGGAUUUGCCCCAUUCCUGUAUGUAUUGGAUGUAUUGGAUGCAUUGGCAUUAAAAAAACUUGUGAUUUUGUUACUGUGGUAUUUGUGGCAUAAUAAACAUUGCAGACCUCUGCAUAAAA